AAGGAUUUCGUGGGAAACGGGAGACUGGUGUAUGCUCCCCAAACACAUGGUAACAAAAUAUUCGCGUCUCUCUCUCUCCUUAAAGAACGCGGCAUUGCCUGUCCUCACACGUCGUUCCCUCAUUAUGAUUUCUUUGUGCAGACGACACUAUGGAAUUCUGAGACUGGUGGCUGUCGGGAGAGGAAUUUUGAUGGAGAAGACAAUGCAGGAGAUGAGGAACGGUGAGGAUAAGUCUGGUUUUGGAGGGGUUGAGGACGUCUACGGUGAGGAUUGUGCCACGGAGGAUCAGCUUGUCACUCCCUGGACUGUCUCUGUUGCUAGUGGGUAUACAUUGCUGCGGGAUCCGCACCACAACAAAGGACUUGCCUUCACUGAGAAAGAGAGAGAUGCACAUUACUUGCGUGGCCUUCUGCCUCCGGCAGUGCUCACCCAGGAUCUUCAGGAAAAGAGGUUAAUGCACAAUCUCCGCCAGUAUGAAGUUCAUUGCCCAUUGCACAGAUACACGGCCAUGAUGGAUCUUCAGGAGAGAAAUGAAAGGUUGUUUUACAAGCUCCUAAUCGACAACGUUGAGGAAUUGCUUCCAGUUGUGUACACUCCUACUGUUGGUGAGGCUUGCCAGAAAUAUGGUGGCAUUUUCAGGCGUCCCCAGGGCCUUUACAUCAGUUUGAAAGAGAAGGGGAAGAUUCUUGAAGUCUUGAAAAAUUGGCCGGAGAAGUCUAUUCAAGUUAUUGUUGUGACUGAUGGUGAGCGUAUUUUGGGGCUUGGGGAUCUUGGCUGCCAGGGAAUGGGAAUUCCUGUUGGAAAACUUUCUUUGUAUACAGCAUUGGGAGGAAUUCGCCCUUCAGCUUGCUUGCCUGUAACCAUUGACGUUGGCACAAACAAUGAGCAGCUUUUGAAGGAUGAGUUUUACAUUGGGCUUAGACAUAAGAGGGCAACCGGGCAGGAAUAUGCAGAGCUUCUAGAUGAGUUCAUGUGUGCAGUUAAACAGAACUAUGGGGAGAAGGUUCUAGUACAGUUUGAGGAUUUUGCUAACCAUAACGCAUUCGAGCUGCUGGCACAAUAUCGCUCAACUCAUCUUGUCUUUAAUGAUGAUAUACAGGGUACAGCAUCUGUGGUAUUGGCGGGGAUUAUUGCAGCCCUGAAAUUAGUUGGUGGAACCUUAGCAGACCACACUUUCUUAUUCCUGGGUGCUGGAGAAGCUGGAACUGGUAUAGCGGAGCUUAUAGCACUUGAGAUGUCAAAUCAGACAAAAGCUCCAGUGGAAGAAACCCGCAAGAAGAUUUGGCUUGUAGACUCAAAGGGAUUGAUUGUUAGCUCCCGUAGGGAGUCACUUCAACAUUUUAAGCAGCCUUGGGCUCAUGAGCAUGAACCUGUUAAGGGACUCUUAGGUGCUGUCAAGGCGAUCAAGCCAACGGUGCUGAUAGGAUCAUCUGGAGUUGGAAAGACUUUUACAAAGGAGGUGGUUGAGACCAUGGCAUCUCUGAAUAAGGUUGAAACCUCUCUUGCUCUCUCCAACCCAACUUCACAGUCUGAAUGUACAGCUGAAGAAGCUUACACAUGGAGUGAGGGUCGAGCAAUCUUUGCCAGUGGAAGCCCUUUUGACCCUGUUGAGUAUAAUGGGAAAGUUUUUGUGCCCGGCCAGGCCAACAAUGCUUACAUCUUUCCUGGUUUUGGUUUGGGUUUGAUCAUCUCCGGCGCAAUCCGAGUGCAUGAUGACAUGCUUUUGGCAGCCUCCGAAGCUUUGGCUGCACAAACCACACAGGAAAACUUUGAUAAGGGACUGAUUUACCCACCAUUCUCUAAUAUCAGAAAGAUAUCAGCCCACAUUGCUGCUAAAGUCGCUGCUAAGGCAUAUGAACUUGGUCUUGCUUCUCGUCUCCCUCGUCCCAAGGAUCUUGUUAAGUAUGCAGAGAGUUGCAUGUACAGCCCAAUCUACCGAAGCUACCGCUAGAAUUCCCUCCAUUUUGUAGUUUGCACCAAUCUGAGUUUUUUUUUUUUUUUUUUCUUUUGAGUUUCCAAUGAUUGGUUUGCCUUUAGUCCUGUAGUUGGGAAGUAGUCAGUAGUGGUAAUGGUAUCAGGAUGAUUGAUAUUUUGUUAUCUCAUUUCUUGAAAAUAAACAAGUUUUACUUGACUCACGAUUGUCAAUCUUUUCAAAUGAACAAUAUUCAAGAUUUCAAAUAUGGGAAAGAUUCAUUAGGAUUAUAUCUUGUAAUUUAUUUUUCUUAUUUUGGAUUU